AUGGUACAUGAUGAAGCUUUGGAAAGAAUUCAAGAACAACAGGAGAAGACACACCAGGAGGCGUUGAGUAUAUUAAAAUUAAAUAGACAAGUACAAAAUGAAGACAACUUGGAAAUAAAAAAUAAAAUAGUUCAGUUCUCCCCUGUGUCUUCCCCCAUUUCAGAAGACUCUUAUAAAGUGAGUGAUGAGACAAACAGUACAUUGCAAUCAUCAUCAUCAUCAUCAUCUAACACCACUGACUACCAUUCUAACGUAUAUCCAUCUAAUAAGACUGAUGAAUAUAUCAUUCCUGUCAAACCACAACCAAAUUCCCAAACAUUGAAACCUUAUAUAUCUGAUGACUGUGGAAAAGAAACUUUCUCACUUCCUGAGGUAAACAAUGUAAGCAAUGUGUAUCACCCCAUCCCACAACGUACACAUGUGAUAAAUGGUGGAAAACAAUACCAACAUAAUCAAAAUGGUGAGAUCUUAAUACAUGCCGAAAAUGGCACUGGUAUUAAACAACCAAGAAAACAACAGUUGAUUGGUGAUAAAGAACGGCUUAUUGAACUUGAUGAAGCUGCAAAAACGAAUAUUGGCUCUCCUCCUUUACAACAAAAUGGCACUGGAAUUGAGCAAGCAGAUGAUCGUCGUCCAUCGGUAAAACAACUAAUUGCUGAGAAAGAGAAUCAGAGUGUACCUGAGUAUUCUAAGCUUCAUUCCCAAGUUACUUUGCAUACAUCAGAUCGCAACAAAGCUGCCAGUGAAGCACUUCUUGUUACAGAGAUGGAUGGAAUAAUCAAUAGUAGAAGUCACAAUGAUGAUAUUUUUUAUAGUGAUGAUACUGACAGUGAUCAUCUGUACCAGGAUUAUGACUCUCCUUUGUAUCAACAGAGGCUUCACGAAGCAUACUUCCUGAAAAAACGUAAGCUGAAGAAACAAGAUUGGGAAGCAAAAACCAAAAAACAUGAGAGCAAGACAUACUUUAAGCUAAAGAGGCAUGAUAAUGAUGUUGUUGAGAAUAAAGCGAAAGCGAAAAAACAAAAACAUGUUGGUCAGGUAGUUGAAGAAGAAAAGAAUGUCACUGUGUAUGCUGAUACAGUUCUACCAAAGUGUUCCUUCUUCCCCAAGGUGGAAGUUGUGGAAAUGCGAAAACCACAGGAGCAUCAUGUUAUUGAAAUUAAAAAACAGAAACAGUUAGAACAGAGUGUGUCAGAAAUGAUGCAUAAUGGUGAUGACUUGGAACAUGCUGAUGGCAAAUAUUCCAUGAUAGAGUUUGCAAUGAAGUAUUUCCGAGAAUCACUGGAAAAGUAUGAGAUGCAACGUAAAUCUGAUGGGUCAAUUAGUGGAUCAUUACGAUUCAUAGGAACACUUAAAAGUACUCUCAAAGGUGGUAAGAAGAGGCCCAUACAGAAUGGUGGAAGUUGGACAUGGCAGGAGUAUGCUAAUAUGGUAAAAUAUACCAAAUCACCAAUACCAGCAUCACUACUUAAAUUAGAAGGUGGUCAACUUAAUAAACUGGCAUUAGAAUGCUUCAUUGCUCUGAUGAAGUUAAUGGGUGACUAUCCAAUGAAAGGCAAGACAGAAUUGGAAUGUGUCUAUUACAUUCUAAGGGCUUGUCAUGAUAAUGAACAACUAAUUGAUGAGGUGUACUGUCAUUUAUGCAACAAACACCAUGACAGUUGUUUGCGUGGUUGGCGUUUCUUUGCAAUUUUUACAUCCUAUUCCCAAUGUACAUCAUUGCUCAAACCGUACUUAGUGAAAUAUCUACAGACGGCUGCUAAUGAUAAUGAACGACAAUUCCAUGGUACUGCCGCUGUGUGUCUGCAUAAUCUGAGAAAGACAUUCAAGUAUGGUGGUCGUAAACAUAUUCCAGGAGCUCUAGAAGUCAAAGCAAUGCUAGCUGGCAGGAAUCAGAAACGUCAGCAAUACGUCUUACCAGGUGGUAUCAGAACAAUGUUGAAGACAAAGACGUGUACUGUCGCUGUGGACGUAGUAGAAGAAUUGUGUUAUGAGAUGGGUGUGCAUAAACAAGCGUCUAUUGAAGAAUAUGGUAUAUUUGCCGUGGUUGAAAAAGAAAACCUUGUAUUACCAAUGAAUCCAGGUGAUUACAUCAUCGAUGUGACCACCCAGUUAGAAAGAACAAACUUGGAACAUUAUCUCAUCUUUAAGAAAGUCUUGUGGUACCAGCCAUUACGCAUGGAUAAUCCACUGAAUGUCACUAUUAUAUACAACCAGGUGUUGCCUGACUUUCUCAGCGGCAGAUUACUUGUCAUGCAGAAUGGUGUUCUGACAACGGAACAACAAAAUGAAGUGACAAGACUUGCUGCAUUACAACGUAAAGCUAGUGAUAACACUCAAAUGCCGACCACGCGUGAUCUACGUGGUAUACUGCCAUCUGUGGUAAUUAAUCAGUUAAAACCACAGCAAUGGGUUAAUAUGAUUCAUCAGUAUUUAACAACAGUAGAAAGACUAACCCCCCAUGAAUGCAAAGUAGACUUCUUAACAACUGUAUCAAGUUGGCCGUUAUUUGGCUCAAAUUUCUUCCAUAUCAGAAGCAUAUCUGAUAGUCAUAUCCAAGGAGAAUGUAUCAUGGCUAUCAACAAAGAAGGCGUCCAUUUCCUACACAGCGUUACACAUGAAAUUCUUGUGUCAAACCCUUUUACUGAGAUUGUAUCUACAAGACGAUUGAAAUCAGGACAAGGAAAAUGGUUCAUUGAUCUGAAAUGUGGUAAUUUAAUGGUUCAAAAAGUAACGAGAAUUGAAACAGAUCAAGGAACGGAAAUAUCAAACAUUAUAUCGCAGUACAUACAUGCACAGGUAGUCGGGAAAUACAAGCAGCCACCUGUUGCAGAGUAUCAGGAUACAGCAGGGUUGAACGGCGUCAGAUCAAAGCCGCUGUAUUCCUAAAUUUUAGUAUAAGUAUAUAUACAUAUCCCUGUUGGAAUUUAUCAAAUAUAUGUAGUUAGCAAUAAUCAGAAAAUACCUUGAAUGGAUUAUCUGAAGUCUUUACCUGCAUGUCAUUAAAUCAUUUACAUUUAUUCAGAUUGAUGUAGAAUCUAAAGAUAAAUCAUCAACUUAAAUGGUCACAUAUAUUAAUAAUUUCUGGAUGGUUUGCUUGCAUAUAUGUUGUACUUUUGCUAUAAAAAAUAAUUCCAGAAUUUGUAUAAUGAAGCUAAUGAUUGUAAUUAUUUUUACCUGAUUAUAUACAUUUAUGAUGUGAUUUAGUUC